AAGCACCCAUUUGCUAAUUGGCGUACUCGGAUCAGAUGCGCCGCAUCCAUUUAAGGUGAUAAAGAAGGACCGAGCACGGCAAUCCAACGCAGAGACGCAAAUAUUUGGUACUGGUAGAAACGAGAGAGGAAGGUCCGGGCGGCGAGGAAGGGAGGAGGCCACGAGGAGGGAUGAAGAAGGAGGACACGGUGAAGCUUAUAAGCGCGGAGGGGUUCGAGUUCGUGAUCGACAAGAAGGCCGCCAUGGUGUCCCACACCAUCCGCAACAUGCUCACCUCCCCUGGUGGCUUUGCGGAGACGCAGCUCGGAGAGGUGACGUUUCCGGAGAUAAGCACCCCCAUUCUGGAGAAGGUUUGCCAGUAUUUCUAUUGGUCCCUUCAAUACGCCAGUGGAAUGGAGACAGAGUUUCAUAUCGAACCUGAAAUAACUUUGGAGUUGAUGAUGGCAGCUAAUUAUCUCCACACCUGAGAGUUCUCUAUGGUUCGGCUAUCUCGGGGCUGGUCUCUUGUUUGCACUUUUAGUCAGUGUGCUCCUGUAUGUAUACAAAAGAGUCAUAAUUAAGUGGAUAAUGUGAUCUUUUGAGAAAAGAAAUUAUAGUUUCUUGUAACCAAACACUUAUAGAUGGAUGACCUUUUCUCAAGAAUGGCUGGUUGUUUGGUUCCGUUGAUUUUGCAUUUUGGAACAUGGUGCCUCGGAUCUAGACUUCAGCUUUCGAUCAAGAUGCAUCAUAUUGUUCGACUUCUUGUGAUUUGUGAUGGCUGGACAGAAACAAAAGAUGUUAUUUGCUUCUGUA